AUGUCCCUUCCAUAUCCAUAUUAUUUUCCACCAACUGAACGAUAUCGACUCUAUUUGGAUUCAUUUCCAACAUCGUCGAGUAAAAAAAUUUGUUUUCCAGCGCCAACAGUUUCCUACUUUAAUGCGAGUUUGGUUUCUCCCUUCAAUCAUUUGCAUUUUAAUGGAAAACGCAAACGGCGACAUAGGACAAUAUUUAGCGAAGAACAAUUACAAAUACUGGAAAGUGCCUUCCAGAAUACUCAUUACCCAGAUGUAAUGUUAAGAGAAAAAUUGGCUUUACAGUGUGAUUUAAAAGAAGAGAGGGUCGAGGUUUGGUUCAAAAAUCGACGUGCAAAAGAUCGAAAGCAUAAACGUGAAGUGAAUCUGAGAAGCGGUAGUGCAGGAAAAAUAAAUGCUGAAUCUGAUGAAUCAGACAAUAAUUUAUGUGACGAUGAGGGAAGUUCCAAAUCUAUUUCCAAAAAACGACGGGUUAAUCGAAGUGAUGACACAAAAAAUGUUGAACUUAUACAUAGAGUAUAG